CCGGAGUCAGAGGUCCGAGGCCCGCGCCGGAGGACGGAUCUCGCCUAACAUGGUGGGCCCGGAAUUUGUAUUGUGGCUGGUGCUGCCAUUCAUACUGCGGGCCCACCCGGGUGCAGAUGCUCGUUUUCGAUUUGCUUCAUACAUCGAUCAUCACAUGGUGCUGCAGAAGAAGCCUGCGGGGGCAGUGAUUUGGGGGUAUGGCAUAUCUGGAGCCACAGUGACAGUGACCCUUUGCCGACAUCAGGAAACCAUCAUGAAGAAAGUGACCACUGUGAAAACAUACUCCAAUAGCUGGAUGGUGAUUCUGGAUCCUAUGAAAGCUGGUGGACCUUAUGAAGUCAUGGCAGAACAGACUUUCGGGGGAAGGAACUUAACGCUGAAAGUUCGUGAUGUCUUAUUUGGUGAUGUCUGGCUUUGCAGUGGGCAGAGUAACAUGCAGAUGACGGUUUCACAGAUAUUUAAUGCCACAAGCGAGCUGUCUAACACCGCUGCCUAUCAGUCGGUCCGCAUCCUCUCCGUGUCUCUCGUUCAGGCAGAGCAGGAGCUGGAGGACCUAGCUGAGGUUGACUUGCGAUGGUCUAAGCCCACCUCAGAAAACUUAGGCCAUGGAAAUUUCGAGUACAUGUCAGCAAUGUGCUGGCUCUUUGGGCGCUACCUGUAUGACACGCUGCGGUAUCCCAUUGGGCUGAUCUCCUCCUCGUGGGGUGGCACACCCAUUGAAGCCUGGUCAUCUAGAAGGUCACUGAAAGCCUGUGGGGUCCCUAAGCAAGGGUUCAUUUUGUCCGAUUUUACAGCUGGUCCCAGUGGGCACUCUGUUCUCUGGAAUGCCAUGAUCCAUCCACUGUGUAAUAUGACUCUGAAAGGCGUGAUAUGGUACCAGGGGGAAUCCAAUGUAAAUUUUAAUAGGGACCUAUACAAUUGCACGUUCCCUGCACUCAUUGAAGACUGGCGUCAGACCUUCCACUAUGGCUCCCACGGGCAGACAGAGCGUCUCUUUCCAUUUGGAUUUGUCCAGUUGUCUUCAGUUUUGUCCAGUGUAGCCUCAGACGAUGGCUUUCCCCAGAUCCGGUGGCAUCAAACAGCAGACUUUGGCUAUGUCCCCAACCUAAGGAUGCCCAACACUUUCAUGGCUGUAGCUAUGGAUCUCUGUGACACAGCCUCACCUUUCGGCAGCAUCCAUCCUCGAGAUAAACAGACUGUGGCGUACAGGCUGCACUUGGGGGCCCGUGCUGUGGCUUAUGGUGAGAAGCUGACCUUUCAAGGGCCACUACCUGAGAAGAUAAAGCUCUCAGCUGUCAAAGGGCUGCUCAACAUCACGUAUUCCCAGCAAAUCCAGCUGCAGAGACAAGAUGACAAGAUAUUUGAGAUCUCAUGUUGUGAGGACCAUCAGUGCAAGUGGCUUCCAGCUCCCAUGAACACUGUCUCCACCCAGACCCUGGCACUGAGUGUCAGUUCUUGUCGUGGCACUCCAGUUGCUCUCCGCUAUGCCUGGACCACAUGGCCUUGUGAAUAUAAACAGUGUCCCCUGUACCAUCCCAGCAGUGCCCUGCCAGCUCCUCCCUUCAUUGCUUUCAUUACAAACCAGAUGCAGGCAAAUCACAAGGUUGCUCAAUGAUUUCGCUGCAGUAUGAGCAUAUCUAAGACGUAAGUGUGGAACCUUUAGAUUUGGGCAUUUAGGAGUUUAAAUGAUGACAACUGUUGCUUUUAAAGGAAAUUAACAGGAAAGCCUCGUUGGAGAGCUCCCAGCUAGCACGUGGCUGUUUCUGUACUCUGAGAUGAGCCAGGGCCGGCAGACGAAGAAGUGCCUGUCCUUGUACUCCCGUUAGGCUGGUGGCUGUACUGGACUCAUUCCAAAUCACAAGCACACUGACCUGACUGUCAUUCACUUCCUCGUUACUGAGAGUGAAAUGCCGGACACUUUGUCCCCUUACAUCCAGAAUCGUGGGAACUAGGGUUGGAAGACCUUUCAAGGCCAGGUAGGCCAGCUAGUAUUUAUGUGUUUUCUUUCUCUCUUUUUUUUUUUUUUUUUACAAAAUCUAACAAGUAGUUAUUGAAUCUCAGUAUUAAGUUUCCUUUCUGAAUUUCCCAACAGUUUUUCCUUGUGUGGAACUGAAAUCUUUCUUCCACUACUUGAGUCUUUCAGAUAACUGAAGAUGGUCCUAUAAACAAUUCUGCUGCUUCAAUCUAAAUAAUGAUAAUGUGAAUAUUGAAAGCUAACAAAACAGAACCAGAUGCAGGCGUCUUGGGAGGUGCUGCCCCAGAAAGGCACUCGUGCUGCCAGUAACAGGAGGGUGGUGGGGGUGGAUCACAAGCUUAUGAAAUAUGACAGUGGAGGUCACUGAGAGGCUAACAGGUCAUUAGAAUUGAAUAUAAAUCUCAGGCUCUUUUUAGGUAGAGGUUUAACUAUAUAAAGGAUAAUCCAGAUGGAAGAAAAAAGUGAGGCUGAAAGGAAAGCUACAUAAGCAUUUAGAAAAAUAAUUCAGACGGGACAGCUGUGCAAGGCUUUUGUGUGUACUAUUAAGAAUCAUAAUGCUAAGCUUCUGCACAGCAAAAGAAACCAUCGACAAAAUAAAGAGGCAACCAACUGAAUGGGAGAAGAUUUUUCCAAACAGUGCCUCCGAUAAGGGGCUAAUAUCCAAAAUAUACAAGGAACUUAUGCAA